ACGCCUUGUAGCAGAAUUUGUACUGCAGCUGCCGGUACUUCCUUAUUCCUUUGGGGAAUGAAAAUAUUUUUGUCGAUGAGGUAACCUUGCAUGAUUGUUGGUUGCUUGGUUCCCAUAUUGUACUGACAUGUCUCUAAGGCCGAUAACGUUCGUUACUGGGAAUGUCAAGAAGUUAGAAGAAGUAACGGCUAUCCUAGGAUCAAAUACUCUAUUUAAGGUGGUUAGACAAGACCUUGAUUUGCCAGAAUACCAAGGUGCUGACCCUGAAUACAUUGUUAGAGAAAAAUGCCUUUCUGCCAUAAGAGUAACCAAGGGACCUACCCUUGUGGAAGACACCUGUCUUUGCUUUAAUGCUCUUAAAGGUUUGCCAGGACCAUAUGUAAAAUGGUUUCUUGGUAAAAUUGGUCCUUCUGGUCUUGCCAAUCUUCUGUCAAGCUGGGAAGAUAAAUCUGCCUAUGCAUUAUGUCUGUUUGCUUAUUCAGAAGGUAUAGAUGAAAAAAUUUUUGUUUUCCGUGGUGAGACAGAAGGUAUAAUUGUGAAUCCCAGAGGACCCCAGGAUUUUGGCUGGGAUGCCUGUUUUCAACCAAAUGGAUCCACCUUAACUUAUGCUGAAAUGGAGAAAGAUAUGAAAAAUUCCAUAUCACACCGUAGUAAAGCACUCAAUGCAAUGAAAAACCAUUUCAGUGACAUCCAGAUGCUACGUGACAAAACAGAUGUAUCACUUUAAUUCUUUCAUAAGCAAUAUAUUUUUCACUUGUUGAGUUUGAA